AUGAAGUUCUCCAGUGUGGCGCUCGCGCUCCUGGCUCUGCCAGCGGCGCUUGCCAACUCGAUCCCUCCCCCCAACGAGAUGCGCUCGGUCAUCGCCAAGCGUGUCGAGGCUUUCGGCGCCGAGCACGCCGGCCUCAUGGCUGCGCGUGACGCCGACGAGGCGUCGCUCAUGAAGCGUGCCGGCGAGCUCGACCCCCGUACCUUCGGCUACGGCCUCUCGACGACCAACAAGGGCUGUACGCUCGAGCAGCGUGCCCGCUGCUUCGUCCGCGGCCAGAACUGCGACUCGCGCUGCCAGUGUGCCUUCCCUCCCAAGCUCGUCGCCCCCAUCCCCCACGUCUCGCCCUCGUCGUGCUACUGCACCGACUGGACCAAGACGCUCGCGUGCUGGAAGAACGGCCAGGGUGUCACCUACAACUGCCAGUGCACUGGCCGCCCCGCCCAGUGCCAGGACUACAACAAGAUCGCCCUCUGCCACAUCUCGGGUGGCCGCUCGGUCGACGGUAACUGCAACUGUGUCCCCGGCAAGGCUCCCUACCCUCCCUCCGACUGCCGCGACCCCGCCAAGCUUGGCCAGUGCUGGAAGCAGGGCUGGGGCUGCAACGCCAAGUGCGUCUGCAUUACCCCCACGGACCCCACUCCUCCCGUCACCCAGCCCACCACCGCCCCCGGCACCUGCAUGGACUGGUUCAAGGUCGCCCAGUGCGCGUGCAAGAAGAUGAAGACCGACGCCAACUGCAACUGUGUCCCCGGCACCCCCGUUGUCCCCGGCAAGAGCUCGGACUGCAAGGACCCCACCAAGCUCGGCCAGUGCUGGAAGCAGGGCUGGGGCUGCAACGCCAAGUGUGUCUGCAUCAAGCCUCCUACCCCCACCUCGACCGGCACUGUCCCUACCAGCACCCCUACCCAGAUUGGCCAGUGCAAGAAUCAGCUCAUGAUCAACUACUGCUACAAGACUGGCCGCGGUGUCGGCCCCGACUGCCACUGCAUCAACUGUGGCUGUGGUGCUCAGCGCGACUGCAACAGGCGCGGCGGCAAGCUCGACGACAAGUGCAAGUGCAUCGUUCCUUCGGGCUACAAGAAGAAGCGUGACGAGGCUACCCUCGACCACCUGUGCCCCACCGGCAAGAAGGCCUGCAGCAUCGACGCCAACGGCUUUGACGGCCAGUUUGAGUGUGUCGACACGUCGUCGGACAUUGAGUCGUGCGGCGGCUGCGUCGCCGAGGGCAAGGGCCAGGACUGCUCGGCCAUCGAGGGUGCCGCCGCCGUCGCCUGCGUCGACGCCAAGUGUGUCGUCUCGUCGUGCGCGCCCGGCUGGGACCUCUCGGCCAACAGCACCUGCACGCCGUCGAUCGGCGGCGUCUUCCAGCAGAAGGCCUGGGGCCUCUAA